GCGUGCGAGAUGUCAACUCUUCAGACGGGGAACAGUCGCCAUAUCGUACCGCAUGCACGAGCGUCGAGCGAGCGAGCGAGCGAGCGAGCGAGAGAGAGAGAGACAGAGAGAUCUUUAAAUUCACGAAAAGUUGGGAAUAUGAAGCGGCAGAUCUGGGUGAGAGAGAGAAAUAGAGAAAGAUACGGGAGCACCAAGUGUAAUGCCGUCAGCGGGGAUUUAGAUAGAGAACGGAUACAGUAGCACUGAGUGUAAUACGCUCAGCUGUUAAGUUUCACGCGACUUGUGGGGCCCGCAGUCCAGCGUGUACAUAUCGCGGACUCCAUCUUCAACUUGUGUUUGCUUCAAAGCGCGCUCCUAUACUGAGCCGGAUCUAAUCGCGGCGUCUUGUUGAAGAAGAGCUAGUAGCAGUGCCAAUGGAUGGAGAUGGUGGCUAUGGUGUAAGGGAGCUGGCUAUGGUGAUGGGGAUCUCGCGAAGGGUGCUGCAUGGAAGUCAAGCGACCGAGCACGAGGAUGUCGGGGUGGAUGUUGGCCAUGGCCAGGAGGAAGGAAGUUCCACGGAUCAUAACAGCAGUCGCGAUUUGCGGAUUGCGGCGAUGUUUAUCAUCAUGUCUGCUUCGACGCUGGGGUUCCUGAUUCCUGUAAUAUUGACGAAGUGGAAACGGAUUCAGUUUUCUCUUGAAAGCAGGGUGCUGCUGGUCGGCAAGGCCUUCUCGGCUGGUGUAGUUGUCGCAACCGCGCUCGUGCACAUGUUCCCCGAAGCUUUAUCCAGCUUUGAGUCCGAUAGAUUGGCUGAGCAUCCUUGGCAGAAGUUCCCAUGGGCGGGGGCCACGACAACACUGGCAGCUCUCGUCACGCAUGUAUUCGACUUCAUGGCGACGACUCACAUACAGCGGAAGCAUGGUAUGAAGCUGGAGGAGGUCACCUCAUCUACGGCACUGACAGCUUCUGGAGCAGGGGCAAUGUUAGCCGUCACCGCAAUGGGUAAGACCCCCGGCGCUGAAGGAAAAGGUGAUGUUGUCGUUGAUUGCCACGAGCACCAGCAUCAAAAUUGCGAGAAGUUAACGCGCAACAUCGUUGUCGCUGAGAUUUUGGAGUAUGGGAUUGCUAGCCACUCCGUACUCAUUGGGAUUACAUUAGGCGUGUUGACAGACCGCAGUGAGAUCCGGCCACUUCUCAUUGCUCUAGUGUUCCAUCAAUUCUUUGAAGGUAUUGCGCUCGGUGCCUGCGGGGUUCAGGCCCGCUUCAAGAACCUCAGUUUGGUCGUCAUGUGUCUUUUUUUCAGCCUCAGCACGGCCUCCGGUAUCCUGAUUGGAAUCCUGAUCUCCAAGUCCUACGAGGAGGAGUCCACCGCGGCACUACUCGUUCACGGGUUCUUUGAUUCGUUUUCCGCAGGGAUUUUGCUCUACAAUGGACUCGUGAGUCUCAUCGCAAACGACUUCUUUAGCGACCGGAUGAAAGCAGACCAUAUCCUGCAAGUCAUGGCAUAUAUUGCACUCUUCGCAGGUGGCACAGCUAUGUCAGUCAUAGGGAUGUGGGCCUAGACAGUCACUUCACCACCUUAUACUGUGUGUACUAACCUUAUCACGACCAACCAACCAACCAUUUGUAAGGCCGUUAUUCUUAUUACCAUUCAUCCGAAUAUUGUUCUUAUUACCAUUCGUCCGAAUACCCUCCCCCUUUUUUUUUCAACCUUUAAUAGUUUUGGCGUACUAGUUGUGAGUUGAUAUGUGGGCAUGUGAGGGGCCUUAUUUUCUAAAAUUUUGGGACAAAGCUCCAAUGAUCCAAUCUAUUUGUGGGGAGCAGCACGUGCUGGGAACCAGGCCCAGCAUCGCAUAUGAAAUUUCAUACACAAAAGUUUGAGGUAUCCGGGCCACAACCUGGCUACGGCUUAGAAAAC